CAAGGGCUGAUUUGGUUGGUUUUGACCACUGCUUCCUCCACCAAGAGGCCCCUUCCCUCUGAGCUCACGCAAUUCUCUCAUCUCUCUCUCUCUCUUCCUGCUGCUUCAAUUCUCUUUUUCCCCAGAGCCCCUUCUUACUUUUUCACCUUCAAAAAUCUCGCCUCACCUUUCCGUUUGCUUUUCAUUUUGACUUUUUUAGUGUUUAUUUGUUCUUCAAAUCAAAUCUCACAAAUCACCAGUCUUGAAUUGCACAGUUUGGUCUUCGAAAUUUGAUUCAUACAAGACUAGCAAAGAUCAAAACUUUGUUGCAAAGCUGAAGAAACCAUUGCUGUCAGGAAGAAAUAAUAAAACCUGGUUAAGCUUUAAGUUUCAUAUUUAAGAUGGGAUGUUUCACAGUUUUGAAGAAUAAGAAGAAGAAAUCUGGGCAGACCACUUAUGUUAGACACGUGAACCCUCAGGAACAUUCACCAACUACAUUGCCUGAACCACAGAUCCGAACCCGCACUUUGCAGUCUGCACCCCCAAGUUUUAGGACCAGAGUAAUACCUGUUCAGCCAAUAAACAAUGUAACAAGCAAUAGAACAAGGGCAUUGUCUGCCCCGUCAAGCUUCAAUGAAAAAGUUGGUCUUUCUUCAAUGGAAUGUGAGGAACAGGAAGAGUCCAAGGGCCGGAUUGGAUCAAUGAAGGAACAACGCCCCCCAAGUCCACAACCUCUUCCUCUUCCAUCACCUCAGAUUCAGAGCGUGGCUAUUCUGAAGACUAUGGGGAGCUUUAAAGCAGGGACUACCAGUGGUCCUCUCAAUGCCUCUGGACCACUACCACUGCCUCCUUUGGGAACACUCCGGAACUUUUUGUACAAUGAACUUGCAGCUGCUUGCCACAAUUUCUCUCCAGAAUGUUGUAUGUCAGAAGGUCUUUCUUCCUUAAUGUAUAGAGCUUUCUUUGGGGAUGAUACUUCUGGCUCGAAAAAACUUGGAGCCACUGUUAUUCGCCUUCACCCCUCCACCCUGGGUUUGAGGGAAUUUGUGAAUGAGGUGAACACUAUUGCAUCUUUGCAACAUCCUAACCUCUGUAAAUUGAUUGGUUUCCAUGCACGUGAUGGAUCAGAACAAAGGAUGUUGGUUUACGAGAGGCUUUUCCAUGGAAGCUUAGACCGGCUUUUGUAUGGGAGAUCUGAUGGUCCCCCUAUUGAUUGGAAUGCCAGAAUGAAAGUUGCUUUGUGUGCUGCACAAGGUCUCACUUUCUUACACGAGGAAGGUCCUUUCCAGGCAAUGUUCAAUGAAUUGUCAACUGCCAAUAUACAGAUCGACAAAGAUUUUAGUGCAAGACUUUCAGGAUAUGGUUGCAUUAGCCACAUUCCAGAGACAGAGAUCUCCAACAGUUCAGUUGCAUUGGCAAACCUUUCAGUGGAGACCGUGGAGAGAGGACUUCUCACCCCCAAAAGCAAUGUGUGGAGUUUUGGAAUUGUGCUUCUUGAAUUGCUCACAGGCAGGAAGAAUCGUGAUAGCCGUCAUCCUAAGGAAGAGAGGAACCUAGUUAAGUGGAGCCGGCCUUUCUUGGCUGAUGAUUGUAGACUGUCACUGAUCAUGGACCCUCAGUUAAAAGGCCGAUUCCCAGCCAAAGCAGCUCGGACAGUGGCUGACAUAGCUCAAAGAUGUCUUCAGAAUGAUCCUUCAGGAAGGCCCACCAUGAGAACUGUUGUGGAGCAUCUGAAAACCAUACAAGACAUGAAGUAUUCAUGCCGGUUUCCAUUGCAAGAUCCAGGAACUAUUUCUGGAAAAAAUAUGUCAAGAUCUCCAAGCCUGAAUGGCAUCAUUACCCCCGUCCCAAGGGUUUGUUUCUCUCCAUCUCCAUCAACGACUAGACCAUCCAUUUCUCCGACAAGGGCACCACCGCCUCCGCUGCCAAUGUCUCUUCCUCCCCUAACUUGUUCCUCUAUUCUCUCCUUGUAGGGAAUUGAUCGACAGGAAAGCCGGAAGUCAUCAUCGUCAACAAGUCGGAGGGCUAGUGUUGAAGGAUUUUGAUUGUUGAUAGACUGCAUUCUUUGCUUUUUUUCUUGUUUGUUUAAGCUUUUUUGGUUGAUUUUACAUGAUAUAUAUAUGUAGAAGAGAAAGAUGUGGUUCUUCCACCUUCCCAUUCCUCAGUAAGAAAAUAUUGGGGACAAUAUUUUGUAGAUAAAGGCUACCCUUACUAAGUUCAAUUAGUUUUCUCCUGAUCGAGAAUGCUUGAUUGUUGAUAGACAGCAUUCUUUUUCUUCAGACUCCUGCUUGGAGAUCUCUCUCCUUUGUUAGCACAUGUGUUUCAUCUUCUUUGUUUGGUAGGGUAUGGUGUCUCUUCUCAGUUCUCCAUAUGGCUAUGUUUGAUGAUAUAAAGGUUUUUUUUUUUUUUUUUUUUUGAUACUAUUGGAGAUUGGUAAUACCAUAAGAUUAAAAUUGGAAUUUGUGAAUUUGUACUAUGUAAAGUAAGAGAUGAGAUUAUAAGUA